CGAGCCUUUCUGAAGAAAGGAGCCAUUAUAUUAGUAGGGUACUUGGGGAAAUCAGGAGAACAUUUACUACUCAGAGAAGAAAUUGACAUCAUGAUUGAAGGCACCCAUGAAGAGAAAAGUGGCCGUCAUUGGAGCUGGUGUCAGUGGCUUGGCUGCCAUCAGGAGCUGUCUGGAGGAGGGGCUGGAGCCCACAUGCUUUGAGAGGAGUGAUGAUGUUGGCGGCCUAUGGAAAUUUUCAGACCAUACAGAAGAGGGCAGGGCCAGCAUUUACCGAUCGGUCUUCACCAACUCUUCCAAAGAGAUGAUGUGUUUUCCAGACUUUCCCUAUCCUGAUGACUUUCCUAACUUCAUGCAUAACAUCAAGAUCCAAGAAUACAUCACUUUAUUUGCCACAAAAAAGAAACUCCUAAAAUAUAUACAGUUUGAGACACUUGUAACCAGUAUAAAUCAAUGUCCUGAUUUCUCAACUACUGGCAAAUGGGAAGUUACCACUGAAAAGAAUGGUAAAAAAGAAACAGCUGUCUUUGAUGCUAUAAUGAUUUGUUCUGGGCAUCAUGUCUAUCCCCACCUACCAAAAGACUCCUUUCCAGGACUGAACCGUUUUAAAGGCAAAUGUUUCCACAGCAGGGACUAUAAGGAACCAGGAAUAUGGAAGGGAAAACGAGUAUUGGUGAUUGGCCUGGGGAAUUCAGGCUGUGACAUUGCUGCAGAACUCAGCCACGUAGCUCAGCAGGUCACCAUCAGCUCCAGAAGUGGCUCUUGGGUGAUGAGCCGGGUCUGGGACAAUGGCUACCCUUGGGACAUGGUGGUGCUCACUCGAUUUCAAACUUUCCUCAAGAACAACUUACCCACAGCCAUCUCUGACUGGUUGUACACGAGGCAGAUGAAUUCGAGAUUCAAGCAUGAAAACUAUGGCCUGAUGCCUUUAAACAGAACACUCAGGAAAGAGCCUGUGUUCAAUGAUGAGCUCCCAGCCCGCAUCCUCUGUGGCACUGUGUCCAUCAAGCCUAAUGUGAAGGAAUUCACAGAGACCUCCGCUGUGUUUGAGGAUGGGACCGUGUUUGAGGCCAUUGACUGUGUCAUCUUCGCCACCGGCUAUGGCUAUGCCUACCCCUUCCUGGAUGACUCCAUCAUCAAAAGCAGAAACAAUGAGGUCACCUUGUACAAAGGCAUCUUCCCUCCGCAACUAGAGAAACCAACCAUGGCAGUGAUUGGCCUGGUCCAGUCCCUGGGUGCUGCCAUCCCCACCACUGACCUCCAGGCACGCUGGGCAGCACAAGUAAUAAAAGGAACUUGCCGUUUGCCUUCUGUAAAUGACAUGAUGGAUGAUAUUGAUGAGAAAAUGGGGAAAAAGCUCAAAUGGUUUGGCAAUAGCACCACCAUCCAGACAGAUUACAUUGUUUAUAUGGAUGAACUGGCCUCCUUCAUUGGAGCAAAGCCCAAUAUCCUAUGGCUGUUUCUCAAGGAUCCCAGGUUGGCCAUAGAAGUGUUCUUCGGCCCUUGCAGCCCCUACCAGUUUCGGCUGGUAGGCCCAGGGAAGUGGUCAGGAGCCAGGAAUGCCAUCCUAACGCAGUGGGACCGGUCACUGAAGCCUAUGAAGACGCGUGUGGUCGGGGGUGUUCAGAAGCCUUGCCUGUACUCCCACUUGCUCAGGCUCCUGGCUGUUCCCAUUCUGCUCAUUGGUUUGUUCCUUAUGUUGAGCUGAUCGUGAGUCCCCUCUAGAAUUUCUUUGAGAGUCACUGACAAUAACCAGACAAGAACUUUGCUAUUUAAAAAUUAAGACUUUUUUCACACCUCUCCCUUUCCUGUUCAAGAUCAUUUGUCAGAACUCUAGCCGCUAAUUAGUAAGCAAGACAAUGUUUUGCUCUGGCCUUGUAAAUAAGCCCCUUUCAGAAUCCUGCUGAUCUGCAGUGGACCUAAGUCCAUUUCUCUUUAAGUUCCACCUACAAUUUGUAACAAGAAUGGUAUUUUUAUGGACAACUUGUAUCAUCUCUUGAAACAGUUGGACAUGAUUCGUUUCCUCUUUUAAACAAUGCUUGGAAGAUGUAAUUCAGAUCCAGACAGUGAAUAAAGUACAGCAUUUAGAGUAUGA